CACAGCAUGAUUAUUAACCCAGAAAGCAUAAAUAUAGAUGACAGCCCAAGGAGACUCUGAGAACUUAAUGCACCACUUCACACUGAAACUCUCUCAGGCCCACACAGAAAAAUCCAGGUACUGUAAAAUGGCACAGUGAGGGUUUAAUUUACGAUCAAAGUGAAAUGUCUGCACAUUUGCCUGCCAUGAUGCAACAGUGGGCUUCCUGUCCUCAAUUUAGGAGCCACAGGUUGUAAAAAAAACAUGACUCCCAGUAAAAGUAUAAAUACGCGUGAUGUUAAGUAUUCACUAAGUAUCAGCGGGUCCUUUGCACCGUCGACAUGGCUCGAACAAGUCUGAUCACCAUGACAACGGCUAUCCUUUGCAUCACACUGGGUCUUGUCAGUCUGGCAUCACCUAGGAGUAAGUUUAUUUCUUUAUAUCUUCAUUAAUAUCAUAUCUUUAAAAACAUUGUAUCAUCAUAUCACAUCGGUAAAGGUUAAAUAAGUUAAUAAUUUGAUUUGUGUUUGUGUUUGCAAGGAGUCCCAGUCUCAAGCUGCUGUACAUCGUUCGUCAAGAAACCGAUACCGCUUGAAGUGAUUCGAGGCUACGGGAUAAUAGAUGGCACAGAAAAGUGCCGCAUGAAAGCCGUCAUGUAAGACUCUUUUCAACUAAAUCCUGGCAGCCCCUGUCAGAAUAACCAACUUUAGUAUACAAAGAUUACAGUCCAAGGAUGUCAAAUUUCCCUGUAAAGGUUGAUUGGAUUGAUUCCAAAAUAUACAAAAGACACUGCUGACUGAGUUAUAGAAAGUAGAUGUGACGCUGUAUCUGCAGAAUUCUUAGACAUAAGCCAUUUGAUUGAGCUGGUGACAACUGUUUGCUAUAAACUUUGAAUUUCAUAACUCUGUGUUGUCUGUGCUUAAUCUCUAUAAAUUGAGCGCGCAAACUGUCUGGUGUUUAAGACUGAGGAAAUUAAAUAGCUAAAUAAAUCUGGGUAUCAAACCACAAAAGUUCUGAAGCAAAAUUAUAUCAGUGCGAAGUUUCAAUAAGAACUGCUUCUUGACCUGUUUUCAAUCCUAAUACAAAUCAUUUGGUCAAACUUCACUUGAUUUGUAAAAAGAAUUAGACACAUGAAAUAAAAUUAGGUUUACAUUCCUCCCAUGAGUCAUCAAAAUGCAGCUUUUAAAUGACUGUACUGAUAGAUGCCAAUAAUACAAUUAACUACAAUGCUCUUUGUGUCUUUGACAUUUCUGUAGUUUCUACACAAAGCAGAAUAAAGUGGUUUGUGCAAAGCCGGGGGACAAGUGGGUGGAAAGGAUUCGGGAACAGCUCAGGUAUGAUGCUCACAAUUUAAUUAAAACUAAUUUAUUGGAUAUUUAUUUACUUGCUUGUUUGUUUGUUUGUUUGUUUGCUAAUAGACUGACUGUAAUGAUAGCCCACUUGACUUGUAAAUUAGGUUUUCAUUGAUAGUAAAAGUUAUGAUCAUUUUUUUCAGUGCGCGACUGAAGAAGUCAUCAAAACAAGUCUCUGGCGAUGGAAGUGGAUCUUUCACCAGCACCACAGAAACCAUCACAUUCACCACUGACGGAUACGAUUGGUAACAAAAAACGAGAAACGAAAAGACCUGCUGACACAUUGGUGAUGUUAUCUGCAAAAAAGUCAAGUCUUGCCUCCUAUUUUAUUUGCUUGUUUUUAUUUGAGGCCACUGAUUGGCAACGUGCUUACACCCAACAAGUAUUUAUGUAUACAAUUCUACUUGUUGUUAAUCAUGCCUAUAUAACAUUCAUGUUUUUAUUUUGCUGCUUAAUCAAAUGAUUGUACCAUUGACAAGACUAAUCAAAUAAAUAUUAAUCUUGAACAGAAGUCUGGAGUGUAAGUUUCUUUUUCUUUUCAAAGUCACUGUUAACAGUAAUCAGCACUCUAAACAAAUCUCACAGCAUUUUAAAUAAUAUUUUAUAACAUUACUCAGUGUGGGACAGGCCCAUCCAGAGGUUUUAAAUGUUUAUUAGCCAAAAAAAGGAUGACAGAGAACUCAGAAAUUGUGCUAAAUGAGCAGACUGCUGCUGGGCAUGCUGUGUGUUUUGGUGGCGUGACAUGUUUGCAUGCAGUACUUGGGAAAAGAUGCUGGCAGCACAUCUGCUAGAAGGUGUCUGAAAACUUCUCGAUGAGCUGUCCCGCUCCCCCAAGCUCAUGCAAAUGCAC